AGCGAUCAAGCGAUUGCCGAUUGAUAAAGUGGGCGGUAUACUAUCGAAAACUAAAUAAAAUAAUAAAAAAGAAAAGUUUCGUGGUGUAAUAAUGUCGGCGAACGUAAAUGUGUGUGAUAUUGGAGACGACGUGAAGGAGGUUCUAAAGAAGUUUCGAUUCCAAAAACAUGAAUCGAACUCUGCACUAAUUUUAAAGGUGAACAGAGAGAAACAAACACUGGAAGUGGACGAAGAGGUACAUAAUAUAGAGCUGGAAGAGCUGCAGGACAUCCUGCCGUCACACCAGCCUAGGUUCAUUGUGUAUAGUUAUAAAUUGGAGCACAAUGACGGCAGAGUGUCGUUCCCCAUGUGUUUCAUUUUCUACACACCACGCGACGCGCACAUGGAGCUUCAGGUAAUGUAUGCGGGCACACAGCGCGCGUUAGCCGCGGCGGUCGGAGCGCCGCGUUUAUUGGAAGUGCGCGAACUUGACGAGCUCACUAACGAGUGGCUUAACGAUAAGUUACGGAGGUAGAGGUGGGGUGAGAUGGGAUCAGAUGACGUGAGAUAGGAUGGGGAGAGGUGGAGUGAGAUGGGAUGAGGGGAGAGGUGGGGAGAGAUGACGUGAGAUGGGAAGAGGUGGAGUUAUAUGUAUAGGCAGUAGGAAUAAAUGUGUUUAGGAGUAGGAAAGUUAAUAAAAAAAGUAGAGAAGAGUUGGGAAGAGAUGGGAAUGGAAGAUAUAUGAUUGGGAGUUAAAAAAUUUAAUAGAGUUGGUAGAGAUGGAAUAAUAAACUUGUUUAGAAUGAUAUUUAACGUUUUCAUGUAACAUAUACUUAUGAAUACACAAGUAUGAGUCAAAAAUAAAGUAAUAUAUUAUAGGAGAAUAUUAAUGAAUGAAGAAGAGAUGAAUAGAGUUGGGAAGAGAUUAAAUAAAUAACACUACAUACAAGACAUUUAUGUACCAAUGCAAUAACUUUUUGCAUAAAUUUAUUAAAAAAGAAGAGUUGAAAGGAGAAUGGUAUGAGUUAUUUUACUGGAUGCCAACUGUAUGUGGUUAAAAUUAUAUAUUUUUGUAUAUUAUUUUUGCUGAAAAUUAUAAUCGAUAUAUUGCUUAUUAGUGUAAAAUAAUUUUUCAAUAAGAUAGUAGUUUCAUAUAUUAUAAGAAACGAAUUUUAAUUUUAUUAUAUAGGUACUUUUAUAGUUUCAGCUAGCUAAUUAAUUUGUGUUUUAAUAAAAUCGGUUCAGUAGUUUUUGCACACAAGAGUACAUUUUCAUAUCCAAAUAAAUUUCAAUUUUAUAUAUUCCUACGAUUUUCGGCAUCUAGCCUAUUUAUAAACUUUUUGAAUAGUGUGAAAGUGAUACCUCGAAAAUUACUGAAUUAUUGCGGAUGUGUUUUAUCUGUGUGGUAGAUGCGUAAUAUAUUGUGUGGGUAAUGUUGGUAGAGCAAGAUUUAUUUUUAUAUUACUUUUAUGAAAUAACAUUCCGAUACUUGCCCAUAAUUUUCCUUUUAAAUGCAUAUUAUGUUUCAAAUAAUUUCACUAAAUUUAGAUUUGGCGUCACUGCUACUAACGGUGCAUUUCCAUCAAACGAAUAUAGAGCUACAGCCUGAGCUAGAGCAUUCUUUCGUGAUCUUUUAGUGGAAACGAAAAUUCGUAUUCAGUGUUGUUCAGUAUUAGAACAUUGCAUAGAAUCUUUUCGAACGCACGCCCGUUUACACUAAAAUACACAGACAUAGUGAGGUUAGAAUGAGCAUACGCUCGUUUGAUGUAAAUGCACCGUUACACAUUAAAAAUGUUAUUAUGAUUUUUAAUACUGCAAAAAUUGGUACAUUUAUCUGUUCUCAAAACCAUAUCAUAUUUAAACCAGUAUAAAUAUUUGGACGUUUAUAAUAAUGCUUAUAUAGAUUGUAUUCAAUUGUAUUAUAUUAUGCAACUCCUGCAUAUUUUUAAACCGUAUAAAAGUACCGAAGAAUGAAAUAAAACGCAUUUUUUCUGUCUAUUUGUAUCAAUUUUUAUGCCUGUCUUGUAUCCAAUGUUUUGUAUUAUUAAAAAAGUAUUCUUAAGGCCUGCGCAGACGAGGGAUUUUAAAAUAUAGAAUACUUACAACUGUAUCGAGUAACGCAAACGAGGGAUUAAAAGUACCGUGUACUAAAAGUCCCCCGAAUAACCGCGGACACGCAGGGAGCGGAUAAAAGUACGCGGGAGUCCCCUAAAGAAAUAGAACACGGGUGACUAGGCGAAGCAACGCACACGGCGAACUAACCUAUUCAUACUGGAUUCCAUAGCGUGCUUUUCUACGCCCGCGCCCGAGACUAAAAUCCCUCGUCUGCGCAGGCCAUUAUUGAUAAGAAAUAUAUUAUAACUUAUCUAAUACGUACGUUUUUCGUAAAUACCAGUGAUAUUAUAAGUAAAAACGUGUAGAUAGCACAUUUUACUACCGUUGUCUCUUUCUCGUUCACGAUAGUUGAAUCUUGCCAUCUCACUUUGACGUCUAUAAUCAUGUGUGCACAAGAGCUAGCGCGCAAGAGCAACUUUUGUCUCCGCAACUAUUUUGUCUCUCCCAUCAACUCUAUGGGCUAGUAAGAAAGUGCGCGCACGUAGCGACGCAA